UGAAGUGAUGAACUUUGUAUAGCUACAAAAACAAAAGACUGUACUUUAUAUUCCACAUAGACUAUACAGGCAAAACAAUCAUUUAACUGUGCAAACUGAAAUAAAACAAAUAAAACAAAUAAAGCAUUACUUACUAUGCUUUAGAUAUCUUCGAAAAUGAGGAGAGCAUUGAUUCUGCUGGCCUGUCUCCUGGCUGCUUGCCAGGCUGUUCCCGUACAGACAGAGCAGGAGGCCCAGGAAGAAGGACCACCACAGCCCCAGCAGCUCCAAGACGCCCCUCCGUUCCUGCAGCAGCCCCAGGAGCAGAUCAGCGCCGGUGGCAGCGACCCCUCUGCUCCUUCCAGAAGCGUCUACUACCCCGUGCCUCCUGCAGCCGGCUUCCUGGGCAUGGACUACUUCCAGCAAGCCAACUGGAACCCCUACACUAUGCCAUACUCGGGCCUCUAUAACUAUAACUAUGGCUACCCCUACGGUGGCAAUUAUCCCUCCGGUUACCCUGGUUAUCCCUAUGCUAACCUUCAAAAUACCCUGCAUCCCCUUUUGCAGAACCAACUUCAGACUGGCUAUGCUUACCCUCCCAUUGUCAUCAACCUACCAAACAGAGCUGGACAGAACUAAGCAGGCCUAGGUGAAAUCUAAUCAAGUAUAGGCCUAGUUCUACGUAGCCCCUUAAUGCAUGCUGUUCCACCAGUGGAACACUGCAAUAGAUAAUUAAAACUUAACUGCCAUAGUGCUACACCACUAUGCCAGUGCACAUGGCUUUCUGUAAUACAUUACAACUUGGUCUUUGUCAUUCUGGUGACAGCUUAUUUAAGGGGUUGUGUCUUACUUGGUUAAAUGCUUCUGUCUUAUCUGUGUUUUGAUUCAAUAUAAAACAAUAUUGGAAAUGUAUUGAAGAUUUGGACACCCCACACUUUACUUUUGACUUUACACUACAUUUGAUAUUUUCAGAUAAGUUUGUGGGGGCAAUGGUGACAUUUAGUGGAUCAAUAUUUCAGAAGUAUCUAUACUUUGACUCAAUGCAAGACAUGUGAAAAGCAUCAUA